GUGCCGCUGCUGCCGCCGCCGAGUCAGUGUUAGUUGUGCCGCGACUGUGUCUGUGUGUACUCUACCUUCCCUCAUCUUCAACUCCUGUGUUUUACCUUAUCUCGGACCUUGUUUAUUUACUCUUGGAUUACUAUUUGUCAUCUAUAGUUUCAUCUCCGGGGUUCUUCGUGACAUGAGCAACUAGCUGCAGACCCAGAACGAAUCCUAGAGUCUGAUGGAAAGGCAGCCUUGUUAACAACAUCAAUUGGACGGGAUGGCGCCCCUAGCACUCUUGCUACUCCUCAGCUCUCUCCUCCACUCCGAAGUGGCCGCCAAGGCAGGACUAUGCGAGGUGGAGGGUGGCCAAUCCAACAUCAUUUUGGACAUCGAAGAGAGCAGGGGAUCGCAAAUCAGCCAAGAGACGACGCCCAGGGAUGUGCCGAUUGUGGGCGACCCAUUCUCGAACAUCGCCCUAGACCUUGUUUUUCCGAAGGGCAAAGCUAUGUUUAUUCUUAACGGCAAGAAACUGCAGUUGCUCACUCCUUUGGACCGCGACCAGGAUAAUCUCUCACAUAUCGUGUUUCAGCUGACGUGUACGGUCAAGUCUAGCAACAAGAAGAGGACCAUACCUGUGAUUGUUAGGGUGUCUGACGUCAAUGACAACACGCCCAUGUUCGUGCACGAGCCCUACGAGACCACAGUCUCCGAGCUGACACCCGUAGGAACCACGAUCUACCAGGGUCUGAGGGCGAACGAUCUCGAUGCGGGGGUGAACGGCUUGGUCGAAUACUCCAUCGUGCCAGGGGAUGGGCGAGGACUCGGUACAGACCAGGGAGUGGGCCGUGACCGCAUCAAUGUGGCCGAUGGGGCAGGCUUCUUCGCUAUCAAUCUGCCACACCAAGGUCAGGUCACAGUCAACCGAAGUCUGGACUAUGAGAAGACCCAGCGUUACCUUGUCACUGUGGUCGCUACUGAUCGUGCAAGAAAUGUUUCUGAGAGGUUCUCCACAACCACCACUCUGACAGUGAACAUCCGAGAUGAUGAUGAUCAGGACCCUUCGUUCAUCUACCAAGGGUGUAUGCUGUUGGAUGGUUCUUGUAUCAAUCCAGAAUAUUAUGCCACUGUUUCGAGUGGAGUCCUGGCAGGAAUCCUAGCCAUCUCUCCUGAGAAGAUCCAGGCUGUCGACAUGGACUCUAUCAACUCCCCGAUUAUGUACAGCUUCCUGUCUGGAGUUCCCUCCUCCUACCGUGAUUACUUUGAGAUAAAUCCCAACACCGGAGCUGUGCGCCAGAUCAAACCUGUGGACACUGCAGUAUCUAAAAAAUUUGAAAUCAUAGUAAAGGCUGAAGAAGUUUCGGAGAGCAGGAGGUUUGCAACAGCAAAGCUAUUGGUGACGGUAAAGCCAGUGGACAGUAAUCCUCCCAGGAUAUCUGUAACUGCUGUGGAAGGUAUGGUGGAUGAGAACACUCCUGUGGGGACCAAGGUCAUUGAUGCUGAAGGAAAUCCCAUCAUUCUCACCGUCACUGAUGCAGACCUGGGACCUGAGGAUCCUAAGCCGCAGUAUUCAUUUGAAUUAACCACAAACUUUUUCCAAAUUGAUGAAACUGGAACUCUUAUAGUAGCAGAGGAGAAUUUGGACAGAGAUCCACCUAGUCCUGGGAAGUUCCGUUUCCAGGUGGUGGCAAGGGAGAAGACGGGCAGUGCAGCAAGUGCUCCAUUGUCACUGACAGUGGCCUUGAAUGAUGUCAACGAUAACGCUCCUCGACUGCCGAUGAUAUCGCCAAUCACCGUGCAGGCAGGGGAGGGUCGCCGGGAGAUUGUCAAGGUGGUGGCCACUGACAACGACUUGGGAGCGAACGCAGAGAUCACCUACAGCAUCUAUCAUGUCUCCAACAACGGCCAGAACAGGUUUAAAAUUGAUGCACUGUCUGGUGCCAUAGAGGCCAUUGGCAAACUGAACGCUGCCGAGCAAUAUAGUAUCACUGUUCAGGCCACAGACCAUGGGGGCAAGUCCAGUCAGACGAUCGUGGAGGUGACAGUAGUACCAGGUCCUAACACAAGGAGUCCUGUGUUCCAACAGUCCUCGUACCAAGUCACCGUCAGCGAAGGAGCUCCCAUUAACUCCUCAGUUGCCACCAUCAUUGCCACAGAUCCAGAAAAUGAUCCAGUUUCAUAUUCCAUUGUAUCAGGCAAUGAUUUAAGGCAGUUUGGAAUCGAUGACAAAACAGGCACAAUAAGUGUCAUCCGCCGAUUAGACAGAGAAGAUUUGACGAGAUAUGAACUUCUGAUAAAAGCUGAAGACGAAGGAGGUUUAUCCAGCACGGCGACUGUGAACAUUGUAGUCAGUGACAUAAACGACAAAAACCCAGAAUUCACAGGACAACCCUAUGAGUUUUCGGUGCAAGAGGGUCUGGCAGGAGCAGUGGUGGGGAGAGUCAAGGCUACAGACUCCGAUGAGGGUGUCAACGCUAUGAUCUCCUACUCGUUGCCCUUAGAUGUGCCUUUCCUUGUAGAUGAAACCACUGGGGAGAUAAAAACAAGGGCAGCUCUAGACUAUGAGACCACAAGGGAGUACAGGUUCGUCAUAACAGCCAAAGAUGGAGCCACUGAGCCAAGAAUAGCGACAGCGACUGUUGUAAUCUACGUGACAGAUGUUGAAGACGAAGCUCCCAUCUUCCACCUCACAACCUAUGAGGCAUCUGUUCCCGAAAAUGUUCCUAAAUUUCUAGUCACUCAUGUUUCGGCUGCUGAUCCAGACACGAAGAAGCAGAUCACGUACAUGAUACGUCAGGGACCUACAGAUCUAUUCACCAUAGAUCCACAGUUGGGAGUCAUUCACACAUCUCAGGGAUUGGACUACGAAAGAGAGAAUCAGCACAUUCUCAUCAUUGGGACCAAAGAGAACUUAAGCAAUAAACCUGGAGCCACUACAAAAGUUAUUAUAUAUGUCCAGGAUCGCAAUGAUAUACCUCCCGUCUUCCUCACUGUGCCUCGACCUAUAACACUGGAUGAUGAUGUUGCCAUCAGUACUCAUGUAACCACAGUGUCAGCUACGGACUCUGACGGUACUGCUCCUGGUAACAAGGUUCGAUACGAGAUUGUCGGCAGAGGCAAAGCUCCGAGGUACUUCCAGAUCGACUCUGACACAGGAGAGAUGUAUGUUAAGGACGAUCUACGGAAAGAGCCUGACAACGAAUACCAAGUUGAUGUAAAAGCUUAUGACUCAGGGGAACCUCAGCUAUCGACCAUAAUAUCGGUGCCAUUGUUUAUCCGUCAUAUUGCUACGGUGCCUCCAGACAUUGGACUGGGCUUCUCCGACGACUCCUACACCAUCGAGAUCCCCGAGAACACCCCUGAUGGAGCCCUGGUCAAGAUGUUCACUGUGGUCAACAGUCGAGUCAAGUCUCACACUGUCCCGCUGCGUUGCUCCAUCACAAGUGGGAAUGAGUCGGAAUGUUUUCAAUUCGGUAUAACUGAGGAUCGUAACUGUGAGCUGAGAUUGGUUGGAAAAAUUGACCACGAAAAACAAUAUGAGUACCAUUUAAAACUGCAGCUCGACACUUUGGCUGGACUAGGAAACCCUGCUCGAAUCUCUACUAUGGUAAAAAUUCAAGUUCAAGACUUGAAUGACAAUGUGCCUCAGUUCGUCUAUCCGGAAACCAGUAAACGCUUCAGUAAGGAGAAGUAUUAUGGGGCAGUGGCCAGGGAUCGGAAAGAAGUUGGUGGCACAGUGCUUCAAGUAAAGGCAGCAGACAAGGAUAGUGGAAACUUGGGCAAUGUAGAAUAUAGGCUGAUACCUGAUGAGAGUGGGGCCACAGACUACUUCGCUGUCGACCCUAGCACAGGCAGUAUUCGCACAAGACGAGGGCUAGACACCAUCCCUGAUGAGCAGCUGCCCUUGCGGCUCACGGUGGAGGCCCGUGACAACCCUGCCGCACCCAAUGACUACAACGUGGUCAAGACUGAAGUAGUGGUGAACCUAAUAGAGGACCAGAGUCGUCUGAUCCUGGUCGUAGAUGACAAAGCUGCAGGAGAGGUGCAGGGCCAGCAAGACACGCUGGUGUCUCUGUUGCAACAGCAAGCCGGUCUCAUUGUAGGAGUUGAACGAGUUUCAGCACGUCAGUACACGAAAGAUAACAUCACAUUGGAGACUGACCAGGCCUCCACGGACCUCUGGUUCUAUGCCAUUGACCCUAAUACUGAACGAAUACUAUUACGCAACAGCACCAAAAUAAAGAGGUCACUGUUGAGCCUGGAAGCGAUGAGCAACAUUACUGUAGAAGUGGCAGCCACACUACAAGCCUCCGCCUCAUCAAUCCAUGCGCCAGUACAUGUUACGCCGGUGCGCACGGCUGUUGUAGCAGUGCAGUGGGAGGUCUUCCCUUAUGCUCUCAUCAUUAUUGCUUCCCUUAUCCUGAUUCUCGGCACUGCUGGCAUUGUAUACAUUUGCAUCUCCUGGUCUAGGUAUAGAGCCUACAAAGAGAGGAUGCAGAGGAUGUAUGUGGUACCUCGAUACGAUCCUGUUUUUGUGGAACCUAAUCUUAAGGAAUAUGAAACACAGGUUUUACAAAUGAGUGUACCGCUAGAUGAUAAUGACAGUUACAACGAUCUCCAACUGGACUUCAGCAGAAAGAAUCAUGCAUUUACUUUAGAUAAUGUAAGCUACAUAACCAAAGACAAUGGCGAUAGCAUAGGCCAACAAAGUCCAGUGAGUUCAGAUGCAGCGACAACGACGAGAGCAUCGAGUUUAGUGGGCCGUCAUGACAAUGUCAACAAUAAUAAUAUACACCAACCAGGAAUAUUAAAUCCUGUAUAUGACAAAUCGGACGAUGAGAGGGGACUGAACAGUUCCACCAAUGAGAAUGUCACCUUUCGAGAAAAGAAAGACUAUUCUCACCUUGGCUUCAACUAUCUCAUCGACAGAUCACCCAUCGAAACAACCACCGAGUUAUAGUGUUAAGUGAAAAAAUCCGCAUUAAGUAAAACGAUACGUAAACUUGUAAGAGUGCACAACAUUACAAGUAUGCUGGUUUUACUAAAACAUGUAAAAUAGUGAUUUGUAAAUAUGAAAAUGCUCAAGAAUUAAGUGCUAGAAAGUGUUUUUCUGAUGCCAUAUCGUUGACUCUAUAGGUUGUAAAAUAAUGAUGAAUAACUAUAAAGACGUUAUGGAUAGUAAGCCUACUAUAAAUUAUGAUUUAGUAAAAAAGAUUUUAAAAUAUAAUACUCAUCUGUACAUACUAUUUUAUAUUUUAAGUUUAGUAUCUUAUAAAUUAACUUUUAUACAUUUAUAAAUAAAAUUAUUAUUUCAAUUUAGGCUCAAUAAAGUGAGUGCAGUUUUUGCUCAAGUAACUAUUUAAAAUUAUAAUAUUUUUUGUGAUAAAAUUGUUUUGUAUUUAAGAUUUGAUAAGACUUUAUUAUUGUAUUACAUGUUAUGUAUUCUCCUUGCCAGUUUUACAUGACAGCUUAUUGAAAUCUUUUAUUAAACAUUUUUUUCUUAAAUAGGUAACCAUGAUAUGUUUACCAAUGUUGGGUAUUUUGUUUGUAUUCUCAGUGGCAACAUCAAAUAUCGGGUCUUUUAACAUGACUUAGGUUUUUUGUUAGUAAGUUUAAAAAAUGUGCUUCAGAAGUAUCUGUUUUGAUACUAGUCAAAAGAGGAAUGUUCAGUUUAUAUCAAUAAAAAUCGUUUUAAUCUUUCUAAUGUUAAGUUAUAUGUCUACACAGUCUUUAAAUAUUUGUGUAAGUUCUCCCAUACAGCACACAUAGCACACGCUGUGACGAAUCAGAUGGUUUCGUUCAGCUGUUGUUACUCUUCAAAUCAGAUUUUAUUUCUUAUAUAAGAGUAUUUUAGUAGUAUUUGCUUGUUUUGAUAUUGUGAGUUGUUAUUGUUACUUACAACAAUAGAUUAUAAUGUUCGUAUUUGAGUUCAUAGUGGUCAAAAACUAAUGUGAACGUAUAUUUUUGUUCUUUACUAUCAUUUAUUUGGAACUAUUAUAAACUAAAAAAUUAAUUAAUUGAAAAAUAAUAGUAACCAGACUGAACAUUUAAAAGUGAACCUUGAAGUUUUUACAUAUGGUAUGGUAAGUUGCCAUUUUCACCACCUGUACUUAUGUGUGUGUUUUUAAUUUACCAUAUGCAAAAAGAUUUUAAACCUUUUACUCUUUUUUUGUUGAAAUAUACAAUUUGUAUAUUUAAUUUCAAUGAUCUUAAUGAUCUCAAUGUAUCCCAUUCAUAAUCUUUUUUGUAAAAAUAAAAAACUUUGAAUUCAUUUCUUUAUAUUCUUCUGUUUACAAGGAUGCAGUGACUAAACUUAAUAUAGGGCGGUCCAACCAAAAUGCACGAGGUAUAUUGUAAAUAAAACAAAGAGUUUUCAGAGAAUUAUCUUAAUAUAUUUUAUUAUGAUAUAAGGAUCUAUGACAAUUAUGUGUGAAACAAAAUAUCGGCCAAAUGUUCGCCCCGGCGUCGGUGGCAUACCUCUAUCCGAUGCUCCAUAUUUUGAAUGACUCUGAGACAUUUGAGGCUCAAUGUCGUUAAUAUGCCGAAUUAUCUCAUCCUUUAUCUCUUGAAUUGUUCUUGGCUUAUUGACGUACACUUUUUCUUUUAAAUAUCCCCAAAGAAAGAAGUCCAACGGUGUCAAAUCACAUGAUCUUCCAAUUAACAUCGUCACGACGUGAGAUAACAUAACCAUUGAAUUUCUCGCUCAAAAGAGCCAUUGUUUCGUUGGAUGUGUGGCAAGUGGCACCAUCCUGUUGGAACCACAUAUCGUCCAGGUCCCUGUCCUCAAUUUCUGGCCACAAGAAGUCCGUUAUCAUCUCACGAUAGCGAACACCAUUUACGGUAACUGUUUGGCCGACCUCAUUUUCGAAGAAGUACGGCCCGAUGACGCCGCCAGCCCAUAAACCGUACCGAACAAUCACUCGUGGAUUCUCAUUUGCCCAAAUGCGGUAAUUCUGCUUGUUUACGAAUCCACGGAGGUGAAAGUGUGCCUCGUCGCUGAAGAUAAUUUUCUUUGAAAAAUCACCAUUGACUUCUGUCUGUUCAACCAACCAUUCGGCAUAUUGACGAUGCUUGAAAUGGUCAGUAGGCUUCAGAUCUUGAGUUAAUUGAACCUUGUAAGCAUGUAAAUUCAAAUCUUUAUGCAAUAUUCACAUCAGUGAUGUUCGUGAGAUGUUCAAUUGUUGCGCACGACGACAAGUCGAGGUUGACGGCUCUUCUGCCACACUAUAGCGAACAACACCAAUGUUUUCCGCAAAACGAACUGGGCGAGCACGCACACGUGUUUUCACAUUUCCCACAGAUCCGGUUUGCUGAAAUUUGCGCACAAUUCUCCCGAUUGUGGACACAUUUGGUCGAUUAUGCUGACCAAAAAAAUCACGAAGUGCACGAAAUGCAUUUUGAUUUGAACGUCCAUUUUCUUAAAAUGCUUUAACAAUAUUAACACGCUGCUCAAUGGUAUACCUCUUCAUGGUUGAAUUUGUUGAACACUGAAACAAAAAAAUGUCAAAUUAAGUUGGGCAAAAUACUUGACGUUAAGGUGUGACUAACAAUUAUCAUCGUGCAUUAUGGAUGGACCACACUUUAUAUACAUGCAUAUUUAUUGCUUUGUUGGAAAAUAUUCCGUAAACAUUCCUGAAUGAAUUGUUAUAUAGGCUAAUAUAAUUUACAUUGUUUACAAUAUAUAUGACAAUAAAAUAAAGAUGAGGCAUAUACGGAAACAAAAAAUAAUUUGCCACUGAGAGGUCUGGUUACCAGUUCCAGGAUUAAUUAUGUUAGAAACUUCUUAAUUAUACUCGUAUUCUGUCUCAGCAUACUACUAACAUUUUCUUUGUAAGCAUGGUUAUUCCAUUUAAAACAUAACAACUUAUUUAAGGCUGACAACAAGGUAAAGCAAGGAUUUCCUGGUUUUUAUUGCAAUGAUAUAACUUUGUCUAUAUUGGUCUUACAUUAGUAUUCUAUGAACUUUACAAUGUUUUUAUAUUCGGCUUAUAUAGAAUGGUUUGUAUAUCAUCAUAAAUUUAAAAUUGGUUUCAAAAUAAUUUGAAACUGAGACUUAUAAUUUUGGUUCAAGUGCAUUCUCUGAAAAUUUGUAUAAGUUGCAAAUAGAAAUGCUCUUAACAUUUGGAGGAAAAUCUAUACAUUUAAAAUGUUAACUAUCACUAACGAGACAUUACACAUUAAAUUAAAUAAUCCUAAACUAAUGAUUUCAAUUUAUUAACUCUUACAGUAAUAUGAGCAGUAUGAGUUAAAUAUUAAUUUAAAUCUGCCACACAUAAUUUAUUUGGAUAUAAUAUUCUCAUAAAUAACAUUAUCAUAUGUAUCAGAUACAAGUACAAAUGAUAAGUAUAUCUUAAACCUAUCAUAACAUUAAAAUAACACCUGUUAUCAACUUAAAACUAUAAAUUAGGUUUCAUACAGUUUCUCCUAUGAAUCCUUCAUCUAAAUUUACAAUGACUCCAUGGUUAGUUACUAGUCUUGUAAUUCGUUUUGUAGCCUAAAAAUUUAAUCAAUAUCUGUGUUACUUCCCAAAACAUUAUGUCAUAUUGGAAUAUUGAUUCUACAUAAGCAUUAUUUAUCAUAUUAUUUUCAAAUGGAGCACUAUCUCUUAAAUGUAAAAAUAAGAAUGAAAUUAAUCCACAUUUGUUUUUAACAUAAUUUAUCUGUGUCAAACGUCUUCUGACAUUAACAAAUUUCUCCUACUAGUUUUUUUUGAAGCUAUUCUGACAUAACUAUUCCAUAUCUUUACUUUUAUUAAAGAGCGUAUACGUAGCUGACAAAUAUCCCAAUAGAUCCCAGGAGGCAUUCACUUUUACUUUGAUUUCUAAAAUUUCAUUAUGAACAUAUUGUUGGCCCUGGACUGAAUUAAUGAACUAAAAAUGGUUCUGUCUUCUGUCAAAUGUCAGUCCAGCUAGUCAUGUAGAGAAAUUCUUCAUGUUUCAGUAAGAUAGUGCUAUCAUUAGGAAUGCAGAGAAAAUAUUACAUAUAUUAGUUAUCGUCAUCAAAUCAUUUAAAAACUACACAUUCACACAAAGAACACAUGUAUGUCCACGGAAAGGCUAGAGCUGAACUGACAUUACAUAACCCCCAAUCCUGAGUUGAGGACAUCACUGCUAUCAUUGCCAGCUGAUAUUUUUUUGGACCGGUACAUAUAGUAAUUGCAUUAAAAUGCUGUGGGAACUGAAAUGGAGCUUUUGAGAUUGUUGAUCAUGUUCUGCCCAUUUUCUUUGAACACUCUAGAAAUUUUAAUUCUUCCAAUGUUCUCAAGUUGUCCUUUUUAACAAAUGUAAUAGUGUAUAUCAAAGCUCAUAUUUAUGCCAUUCAUAGUCUAUUAAGUGCUGAGUGAAAGAUGAUUUUUGCUUUUUGCCAAUCAGUUCUUGAAUCUGGUAUAUGCUUUUUAUAUCUGGUCCUGUAUGUCCAACAUAUCUUCUGGAGCUAUCAUCACAUAAUUCAUAAAUAUUCAUAAUUCAUACAUUUUAUUUAUAAUUAUCUAUAACAUAUAUCUUGUUUUUAAAUUUUAAAUAGUAGAAUUAAUCUUUAAAAAAAGUCAUAUUUGUAAUGCAAAAUAAUGUACAGUACUUAACCCUUUUAGUGCCUUGUAAUUUUACCUUGUGUAAAAAAUGCUGUCACUAAGAUUUUCUAAAUGUAGAGUUUUAGUAAACAUGUUGUAUCUUCAUUUGUUAACUAUUUUCUCCAACUUGUACAGUGAAAGGUAUAUAAAUUCAGCAUUUAAAAAAUACUCCUACACCAUAUGUCUAGUGUUUGCUUGAGUCUGCACAUUUGUGUAUGAAUUAAGAUUUAACAUAGUAAACUUGUAUUGGAAGUUUACUCAUUAGAAAACCUUAUACACCUUCAGUUCUCACUACGAAAUCAAGCCUCAAAAUGAAAUUUUACCUAAUUAAUUGUAUUGGUUACAUUUUUUCCCUAGAUGGACAAUUAACGUUUUCACCCUUGCAGAUACGAUAACAGUUAUUGAGUAAUCGUUAUAUUCACGCUUCUUGACAAACUAAACCAAUAACAUCAAAAGUGACUAUAUUGUCACUAUUAGUAAGGUAUAUCCUAUAGUUAAAAUCCAAUUUUACAACCUCUUACUGCACGAUUUUACUGGUGAUUCUCACAGAUGUCACUAUAAAGUCGGAACAAUGUCCGAUUUAAUUAAAGCAGGAAAGAGAUAUUUUUGAGACACAGUAAUACAAGAUAUUAAUAAUGGCAGUGUGACAUCCAUGCUCUUCUCUUGUGUUUAAAGUUUAUCUUAAACCUUGUAAUCAAUUUUUAGAACUCAUCGAAUAUUAAGAUACAGUUAGUAAAAGAGGCCAUAAAACAGCUUUGCAGCUGGUUCAGCUUAGCUAUGACACGUGCCAAACUGUAACAAAUUGUUAAUAGUGUAAAGAGAGACUGAUGUACAUUUACGAUUCAUGAGUUGCAAGUUGAAUGGACGUAAAUCAGACGAAAGCUGAGUGGUCAGCAAUUUUACGUACUAGUCAUAUUGACUUCCAUAGAAUAGGAUGAGAAUGCAACUAAUUUUAGUUCGUUGUACAUUGUAAAGAUUUAUUUAAAGUCAAUUCACAGUGUUUAUAUUAUGUUGAAAUGUGUAAAUAACGCUAGAUAUUUUUCUAAGGACUACAUAUACGAGUUACAUUGUUUAUGUAGUACAUUGUUAUUGUAAAGUAAAUUUUAUUGUACAAAUAUGUGUAGAAGUAUUGUAAUUAGGAGUGUUGUUUGCAAACUAGUUGGGCAUUUCACAGACCAUUCCCAUUACUGUAUGAGAUGCUCUUUAAUAAUAAAUAUUUUACUUUAAGUUUUAAA